GUCAAGUUAUGGCAUGGGAAGAACCAUUAGGUGGCAAUUACUUGUUGCUGAAGCCAGAAGAAGCAAGUCUUGUGGAUCUAGGGCGCCUCCUGUUUUUGUCUAACUUAAACAACAGAAGAUUCAUUCAGUGCCCAGAAGGACUCGAGAAAAGAGAAUUUGGGCAAAGAUGGCUCCUCUUCAUCUCUGUUGUGGCGCAGAUUGUCUUCCUUAUCUCAAGAAACUCAAUGAAAAGGGUAGGGGACAUGUUGGAGUUGUGGCUCAAUCGUCUAUCAAGUAAUGGAGGGUUAAUUGGGCUCUUGCUGAACAUUUUAAAAGGAAAGAUGAUAACUCCGAAAAGAUCAUCGGCGAAGUUCAUGUCCGUGGUGGGCAACCUUGACACACGAGUUGAUUUGGACAAGAGUAUUAAACGGGAGGAUGUCAAGUACAAAGGAUUGCUGUCUAUGAUGUCUUCCAAAUUAUCGUACGAGAAUGAAGAAUUCAUUGGUAAUGCAGUCAGAAAUCAUUGGGACAUGGAUUUUUUGGGGUUACACAGCUUCUGGAAUGAUUACCAAGAACUCUGGUCCACACGAGCUAUAAUAGUACAAGAUACCAAGUCUGAACCCAACUUGAUUGUGGUUGCAUUUAGGGGUACUGAGCCAUUUGAUGCGAACCAAUGGAUAACAGAUGUGGAUAUCUCAUGGUAUGGCCUACCCAAAGUGGGUAAGAUACAUAGUGGGUUCAUGAAAGCUUUAGGUCUGCAGAAGAACAAUGGAUGGCCCAAAGAGAUAAAGCAAAGCACCCAACAUCCUUAUGCUUAUUACACAAUCAGAGAGAAACUGAAAGCAAUGUUGGAGGCAAAAGAGGAUGCAAAAUUUAUAUUGACAGGGCACAGCUUAGGAGGAGCCUUGGCCAUUCUGUUUGUUGCAGUGCUUGCAUUGCAUAAAGAGGAAUGGUUGUUGGACAAGUUAGAAGGGGUUUAUACAUUUGGGCAGCCAAGAGUAGGAGAUCAGCAGUUUGGGGAGUUCAUGAAAGACAAGUUGAAAAAGUAUGAAGUUAGAUAUAUGAGGUAUGUUUACUGCAAUGACAUGGUGCCUAGGAUCCCUUAUGUUGACAAAAACUACUUCUUUAAGCACUUUGGUUCUUGCCUCUACUUCAACAGUUUGUACUAUGGGCAGGUUCUAGGGGAGGAGCCAAACAAGAAUUAUUUCUCUUUGUUUUGGGUCAUACCUAAGAUCUUAAAUGCAGUUUGGGAGCUUAUUAGAGGUUUCCUUAUUCCAAUCUUUAGAGGUAAAGAAUAUAAAGAGAGUUGGUUCAUGACGAUGUGCAGGUUCGUUGGAUUGGUAAUUCCAGGACUAUCAGCUCAUCUUCCUCCAGAUUAUGUCAACCUUACCCAAUUAGGAUCGUUACCCGAAGUUCAGGAGCUUCAGAGUCCACAAGAUUUCAAAGCCAACUAAUGUGGACGCUUGCGCAACAACACUGUUCCUCCCUUUUCCCUUUUCUUUUUUUAGGUUGAAAUGUUCAUUUGGUUGACCUUUUUGGUUUAGUUCGGUGUAUUAUUGAUUUAGAACUCAAGAUAUCCCACUACAAAUAACCAAUGGCAUACAUUUGAUAUCACAUGUUCAUUGUACUGUU